AUGCCCAACUAUGUGAAGUUUAUGAAGGAUAUCUUGUCCAAGAAGAAACGACUUACUGAAUAUGAGACUGUCGCUUUGACGAAUGAGUGUAGUGCGUUCUUACAGAACGAACUACUUCUGAAACUAAAGGAUCUUGGAAGCUUUAUGAUACCUUGCAACAUUGGUGAAUCAUAUUGUGAUAAAGCUUUGUGUGACUUAGGAGCAAGCAUCAAAUUGAUACCCAAAUCCAUUUUCAAGUUGUUGGGAGUAGGAGAAAUACGACCUACUACUGUAACACUUCAACUUGUGGAUCGAUCAUUAGCAUAUCUCGAAGGAAAGAUUGAUAAUGUUUUGGUAAGAGUCGAUAAAUUUAUUUUUCCUGCUUAUUUCAUUGUUUUGGAUGUUGAAGCAGACAAGGAAGUUCCGGUUAUCAUCCUAGGAAAACCUUUCUUAUUCACGAGAAGAAAAUUGAUAGAUGUGCAAAAAGGCAAACUCACCAUGCGAUUUCAAGAUGAUAAGGUAAUGUUUAACGUUCUAAAAGCAAUGAAGUUCUCGAUUCGAUGGAAGAGUGUUUAG